ACGAAGUUCCGUGAUCUAAGCCAUGGGUGGAAAUUGUGUGAGGGAGGCAAAAAGAGAGCUCCUUUGUGAUAGAGUGAAUCUUAAUCUAAUAGCUCAUUACCUAACCUUCAUCCUCUUGACAUUUAUAUGUUACAAUCCCAUCAUUUUCUUUUUGUCACAUCUAAACCAUUUCUAAUCUUAUAUGAACAUUACUUUAUUUACUUGCCUCUUUGCAUUUGUUUUCUUUAGUUUUUGUUUCUUCAAUUCAGGAAGUGAUUAGCUAGAUUUUUAAACCCACUUCUCAUCAUCUAACUACAUCCUCACCCUUUCCUUACCUUUCUUUGUUUGUUUACCUUUUUUACUUAUAACUUGUUUUGAUUCAUUUCCCCUAUUGAUGAUGGGGGCUUUGCUUCGAAAUUCCUUCACCAUUAAUCCCAAAGGGCUACAAUUGCCCCAUAAGUAUCAAAGAUUCCUGGCAAAGACAAAGAAAAAAGGAUUUGUGCAUUGUCAAAGUGGUGGAAGUGUGACAAAGAGUGACAAAAUUGCACCCAUUUUGUCCGAGAGGUCGAUAUUGAAAACCCAAGGCCAUGGGGCAGCUAUAAUGGAUCCCAAUGGAAGCUCGGUGUUGACCCCAAAUGGGAAGAACACGGCUGAGCUAGUGGUUAAGGAUCCAACUCUAUGUAAUGGGGCGUCUAGCACUUACGCUCAAGUCGACAAGGGUAUUGGGAUUGUCAAGUUUCUUAGAGGGAAGGCUUUCUUUGUCACUGGUGCAACUGGUUUUUUGGCUAAAGUUCUUAUAGAAAAACUGCUAAGGACAGUGCCUGAUGUGGGUAAGAUUUAUGUCUUGAUCAAGGCAAAGAACGAAGAAGUUGCACUAAAGAGAUUGAAAAAUGAGAUCGUGACUUCAGAGAUUUUCCGGUGUCUUCAACAAAUCCAUGGGAACUCAUACGAAACCUUUAUGUUAAGCAAGCUUAUUCCAGUGGUUGGAAAUAUUUGUGACUCUAAUCUAGGACUAGAUGAGGCUUCGACGAGUAUGAUUGCUGAUGAUGUAGACAUUAUUGUGAAUUCUGCUGCCAAUACAAAUUUUCAUGAGAGAUAUGAUGUCGCACUAGAUAUUAACACAGGGGGACCUGGCCGGUUAAUGACCUUUGCGAAAAAAUGUAGGAAGCUUAAACUCUUCCUACAAGUAUCAACGGCUUAUGUGAAUGGACAAAGGCAAGGAAAAAUAAUGGAGCGACCCUUUAGGAAAGGCGAAAGUAUCGCAAAGGAAAAUCUAGUAAGCGAGAAUGUAUCAACAUCGAUGCCUCCUUUGGAUAUUGAAGGUGAGAUAGACUUGGCUUUUAAGUCUUCUCGUUCUUUUGAAGAGAAUAAAGUUGCGCAGAAGAUGAAAGAUUUGGGUCUAGAAAGGGCAAGGAAAUAUGGAUGGCAAGAUACUUACGUAUUCACGAAAGCUAUGGGGGAGAUGCUGCUGGGUUGUAUGCGAGGAGAUGUUCCGGUGGUCAUCCUUAGACCUAGUGUCAUCGAGAGCACUUAUCAAGAUCCUUUCUCUGGAUGGAUUGAAGGCAAUAGAAUGAUGGAUCCGGUAAUCAAAUACUAUGGAAAUGGCUUGCUGUCCGGUUUUCCUGUUGAUCCGAAUGGGGUGCUUGAUGUUGUUCCAGCUGAUAUGGUUGUUAAUGCAACAUUAGCUGCUAUAGCAAAGCAUGGAAUGGCUGAAAAACCCGAAAUAAACGUAUACCAAGUAGCUUCAUCAGUUGUAAACCCAUUGGUUUACGGAGACUUGGGCGACUUGCUUCACCAAUACUUCACAAGAUGCCCAUGUUUUGACUCACAAGGAAAACCAAUUCAUGUCGAGCCCUUUAAAUUUUACAACUCGAUGGAUGAUUUCUCGUCUCAUAUUUGGAGCGAGACGGUACAUAACAUUAGUUUGUUUCCUAAAGGAAAACAUUCAAAGACAAUCGAAAAUCUUUGUAGAAAAGCCGUUGAGCAAGCUAAACACCUUGCUAGUGUAUAUGAACCAUACAGCUUUUAUGGUGGAAGGUUCGAUAAUAGUAGCACGAGAUCGUUGAUGGAGAGCAUGUCGGACGAGGAAAGGAGGACAUUCUAUUUCGACGUUGGGAGCAUAGACUGGACUGAUUACAUAUGUAGUGUCCAUAUUCCUGGUCUUAGGAGGCAUGUCAUGAAGGGAAGAGGCCAAAGAAGCUAACUAGUAGUGUUUUUUUUAUUAAUCAAUUUAUGUUUAUUAAUCACACCUAAAUCCUUUUGUGUUAAAUUGUUAAUUUUCAUUAAUAAAGUUAAUCUGCAAAUAGUUUACCUAUUGUUACACAA